AUGAAAUACCAGGGCGUCAUCAUUAGUCCGGAGCAGCUUAUGAAGCCUGGAGGAGAAUUCAAGAAACUGCUGUGCAAACCACUUUUCACGCAGCAGAUUAUUGGUAUAAUCUUUGAUGAAGUGCAUUGCAUUGCAACCUGGGGGGAGUUUCAUCCUGAAUAUAGAGAAUUAGAGUGUCUCUGGUACAUCCUACCUCGCUACAUCCCUUUCAUGCUCGCAUCUGCAACACUCACUGUAGAUAAUCUCACACAUGUGAAGCGGCUACUCCACAUGUAUUCUGACAAGCUUCUCACCAUCCAAACUUCUGUCGAUCAUGCAAAUAUCAAACUCUGCAUCCAUAAAAUCAUGUACUCACUUUCAUCAUAUCAAGACCUAUUGUUUUUAAUACCUGACGGCUGGAAGGAUGGUGAUCCAGCACCUCCAAAGUUUCUCAUCUUCUUUGACGACAUUCAAGAUUCCAUAGCGGCAGCGAAAACAAUCCAGAGAUGA